CAUGCUCACACACUGUCCAGUCUAACCCAGCCCCUCUGAUCUAUGUGCCCACUUACCUUCACUCUAAUAUUGGUGUGCGCCUGUUUGCCAUGAAGCACAGUUGGAUUUUUGUUUGUUAAUUUCAGCAAAGAUGUGUUCAUCUUCUGUGUAAAGCCAAGAGUAACAAUGUUUUCCAGAGUGAGUCUGAUUCUGAUCGGAGCUGCGUACAUCUACUAUCAGGUCAACGCAUUAGACUGUGGCAUUGCUGAGCUGGAAGUGGAAAAUAACAUCACGAUGGAGACCCAGACUAUCUUGUCACUUUUGAACACGUCAGUAUCAAUCCAGCUGGAAAGCGGUUCUUUCAACGUGACGAUUUCAGAAAUCGAACUGGUUUCAGAAUGCUUUCUGAUUGGAGACACAACCAGUUGCAAUUGCUCUGUCGGGUACAGUUGGAGCAACGAAGUGUGCUACAAUUCCUCAUGCUGCACCGAAACAACUUGCACACAAAACGUGGCCCACAUCGAACCACUCUGCGUUGCCAAAGUCCAAGUUUCAAUCUAUGGAACUGUUACACUGACGUCUGGAUCCUGGGAUGCUGACAAAACUACAAAGCUGAAGAGUGCAUUCAGAUCUCGAUUGAAUGGCUAUGAGUCCCUGAACGUAACUGGUAGCAGCGGCGGAACUGCUGACUUCAAGGCAGUCGUCUGCAUCAAACUAAAGACCUCUGUACUUAAUCAAUUGCUGGAGGAUCUGAUGGCCAAUCUCUCAGCUAAGGUUCGGGUCGACACUGUAGGAAUGGUCGACAUCACAGCUCCAGAGGAAAGCGUGUGCUACAAGUGCAGCCCAACACUGGAAUGCACAUUUGAGGAGGAAGCAAACAGCACUGGCUGGAAGUUGAUCAGGGAACACAAGCAUUUGGAGCUCACGGAUGGUAGUGUGGUGACUCUAAAAGACUGCGAUUCGAAAAACAGUUCCUGUAUUGCAGUUAAACUCAAGGAAGUGACUGGCACCGGGUCAGGUACAUAUGAGUGUCGACUCACUUUUGGGUCAGUCACACACACAGCCAAGGCAAAGCUUAAAGUGUCACUCCUGCCUGAAGAGAUCACCAUGAAAAUUGAUCCACUUGUAGCAGACUGUUCAGGCAGCAUUAACUUAGAAGUGACUGUGACUGCCACCAUCCAAAGUAGCACGGAGAGCUACGACAUAUCGUGGCAAUUCCCUGGAGCAGAGCUAAGUAGAGGAUCCGAACCAGCUCCUGGAGAUAUCCUGGUCUAUUCUGUCAGGUCUGAGUUCUCAUGCGAGGAAAGAACUCCAACAAAAUGGGAAGUCAGUUUUAAAAACCAAAAAAAACAGACGAAAAAUGAAAGCGUGGAUAUCCUAGUAAUUAGAGAGAUAGGAAAAUGUUGCACUGGUGAUGGGAUAUGGCCCAAAACCCCAAAUGGAGCUACAGUGAUUAAUCAUACGUGUGAAAACGGCAAGACUGGUUACAAGUCUCGUACUUGUGGUAAAGAUGGCGAGUGGCAGACAGAGUUCUCCACCUGCAUCAGCAAAGAGUUGAAGAAAAUUCUAACUGCAGCAGAGGUCUUCAAGACGGGCAUAGGGGCUACACAGGAAGCAGCCAUGUGGAUCUUUGAAUCACUUAAGAAUACCACUACAUCUAAAUCCAGUAACGACUAUGCUGGAAUCAAUGCUUCUAUCAGCAUAAUAAAUAUAAUGGCCACUGGAUCAGAAAACAUCACCUUGAAGGAAGAAGUCUUUGAUGAUUUUCUUGAAGCAGCGAGCAAUUUAUUGGCCAACAACUGGACCGGGGUGAACUCAUCUAUAAAAUAUGACAUGUCAUCACAAUACCUUUACGGUGUGGAGAAUCUGGUGAAGAACAUCCAAGUGAAAAACACUUUGAAAAUCUCCAAACCAAACUUGGACCUCAAAGUCUCAAAAGGGGACUGUAAUUCCCUGGUGUUUAAUGUCACAGUUAAACUCACCGAGACUGGCGUUCAGUUCAAAACUGUUGGUGUGAGAAAUCUGAUGGAUAAAUUAAAUAACAGUUUUAAACCAACAUCAACAGCUCCGUAUAACCUUUUACUAAUAGUCACAAAGAACGGCAGUUCUUCUACCGAGAUUACAAUGGACUUCCCCAUCAAGAAGCUGAACGACACACAAAAACUACACUGUGUCUUCUGGGACACCAAUAUAAAGGACUGGUCAGACACAGGUUGCAGAGUUGAACGUGAUAGUAAUCACACUGAUGGUAAUCACACACUCUGCAAGUGCAACCACCUGACUUCAUUCGCUGUCCUCAUGUCCAAGUCCGAUACACCUAACCUCGACCUAGAUACCAUUACCUAUGUUGGCCUGGCAGUGUCCAUCUGCUCUCUGGUGAUCCUCCUCAUCAUUGAGGCUCUCGUGUGGUCUGUUGUGGUCAAGACUGAUCUCUCAUAUUUCCGUCACACAGCACUGGUGAACAUCGGCGUGUUCCUCUUGCUCGCUGACUGCAGUUUUUUGGCAUCUAUGUCACCUGAGAAUCUCAGUGCUCACUGGUGCUUAAUUUUGACCUUAUGCAAACACCUAUUUUAUUUGGCCAUGUUCAGCUGGAUGCUGUGCAUGAGCGUCAUGCUCAUCCACCGGCUCAUCUUUGUCUUCAACCCGCUAAGGAAAAGAGUCUUCAUGUUCCUAUCCAGUAUCGUAGGCUACGGGUGCCCAGUUCUCAUUGUGGGAAUCAGCUAUGUGUAUUGCAGAUACAAUGAGAAGGAAUACUAUGAAAAGGACACAUGCUGGCUAGUUUUUGAUGGAACCUUGGAUGGCUCAUUGUAUUCUUUCCUACUCCCUGUGGGAACUGUUAUUUUCACAAAUCUUUUUUCCAUGGCGGUCGUCAUUUUUACUCUGGUGAAGUCCUCCGCCCCUGAUGGCAGCAAGUCGGAUGAGAAGGAGACAUUUAAGAGCAUCAUUAAAGUGGUGAUCUUUCUCACACCAGUUUUCGGAGUAACAUGGGGUAUUGGCUUCCUUCUGCUAAUAUUCAAGGACCACAAGGCAUACCCUUUUCUUCAGUACAGUUUCACCAUCCUCAAUUCCUUCCAGGGCCUUUUCGUGAUGUUAACAGGGGUUUUUGCAGAGCCAAAGGUGCGUCAAGAACUGUUAAAGUGCAUGGAUAAAGGAAAAUAUGACACCAUGAAGAACUCAACCUCAGCCUCAAACACAAAAGAAAGAUGAAGGCAAAGGUGGUGCCAAGAGAAACAGCAACUCACAUGUACAGUACAUGAAGAGAAAAUUACUUAGAGUUUAAUUUGUGGUAUAUUAUAGUUCCUAAACACGUAUAAAGGUGUAGAUGUUUCCCCUAAAAACAGGUUUAAUUAUAAAGUAAGGUGUAUGAUAUAUCUGGUGUUUUUAAAUGUUGUAUACACAUACAAAAAAAUUGACAAAAAGACAAUUUUAUUCAAAAGGAAAGUCUGUAGAAUUAAAUGAUCUGACAUGAAUAACAUAGCCUUUAUUAUAUAUUUGCAUAACCACUAUAUGUAUCUCAAAAAUAGUAUGUUUUACUAGUUUUGAGAUACAUAUAGUGGUUAUGCAAAUAGAGGAAUAAAGACAAGGAAAAGAAAGGGUUUUGUUUAGACUAGGUGUGAUUUAAAUAGUUAUUUCCAGUCUUGGGUUAUUCACAACAGAAAUAAUGUAGCAGAAAACACUUGAUUACUUUUAUCAUACAAAUAAACCACACUCAGGACAUAGAAGUGCUGAUGCAGGGUCUAUAUUUUGAAAGCCUUUAGAUCUGUCUCAAUAAAAAUUGUAUUUUAAACAUGGGGACGUAUCAAAGAAAGGCCCAAGAUAAAUUGGCAUAUUUUCCCCUAAUAUUGAGUUUACAUUUAGUGUGAUUUUACUGCUGAAUGAUGCAGUGGACGAGUUCGUCCUCCACAGAGUGUUUCACUGAACUCUCCUGAUGACGGUGACGAUGGCUAUUGUCAGAACUACCGUCCCGGCUGCACCCCCAAUCAGAGCUCCCAGAAUUCCACUGUGUGUGUUCACUUCCUCACAUCUUUUUCCAGUGUUGUAGGUGGCCUGGGUUGUGGCACACCUGAAAAGCAGCAGUCACACACAUCUGUUUUAAUCAUUAAAAAAAUUAUAUACAACAAAUUUUUUCUAAGAACUUCAGGUUUCACAUGAAUGCACGUCCCACGUUUGUAUUUGCUUUAGUCCUGAUGCACUAAGCUGUGUCACCAGGCUAGCAAGAGUAUGUUGAUUUUUAUUAAUGAGUUUCAUGGAACAGUUUGACAAUAAAAAACUUGCUCACUUGAUUUAUUUCAUAGGUUAGAUCAGGGGUGUCAAACUCAUUUUGGUUAUGGGGCGACAUACUGCCCACUUUCAUCUCAAGUGGACCAGACCAGUAAAAUCAUAGCAUAUUGUUUUUCAUCCACCGGAGCCACGCCCCGCCGCCCGGGACGACAUCGCGUCGCUCACGGUGGGGGGGCUGAAACCAACAUAAUGAAGGGUCCGACCCGUCUUGGAACACGGACCUAGGAGUCUGACGCACGCAUUGAAAGUGAAAGGUGAGGGCUGGCGUGCGCUGGUUGGGGUGGGAUUCCAGCCCCCCGGGGCUCCGUGCACACCACCGCGUACUCCCUGAAAGACUUUUUUCCAGUUUGGGAACCGUUAGUCUAUGGCAGGGGUCACCAACCUUUUUGAAACUGGGAGCUACUUCACAGGUACAGAGUAGUACGAAGGGCUACUUGUUUGAUACAAACUUCCUGAAUAACAAAGUUGCAAAGAUCACCUUUUAAUAAUAAUAUUGAUAUAUGUGAAGAGAAUGUCUGAUCACAUCAAUUUUAAUUAUUUCUCACAAUAGCCGGGGUAAAGUGGGACACAAGACAACUUUUUUUAAAACAAUCAUAUUUUCACUGCCCUUUGUCCUGAAGACAAUCUGAUCAUUUCCAUUGCUAGAAAACAUCCUGAAUUAAUGGAAAAUGUGUACAUUUUACUGAUAUAUAAUUUUAGCUCGCCUAGAGGGGAGCAAAUGUAAAAAAUGACCCACAUUACCCCGCUCUCCCAUAUAUAUAUAUAUAUAUAUAUAUAUAUAUAUAUAUAUAUAUAUAUAUAUAUACAUAAUCAAAUUAUCUUUUUUUAUUAAUUUGUAUGUUUUACCUCUUGUGUCAAUCUUUACCUUUUACUCUCUUAUUACUCUGUUUUUUUUCCUUCUCAUUUUAUUACAUUUAGUCUUUUACUUCUUUUAUGAGUUGUUACUUAUUACUCCAUUAUUACUCUUAAUUGUUACACUUUUUAUUAUUUUUACUUAUUACUCUUUUCAUUAAAAAUGUACUUUUGCUAAUUGUAAGUAAUAAAUAAUAAAUUCAGAUUUAAUUUA